ACAAAAAAAAAAAAAAAGUUUCGGACGUUCAACAUUCCCAGCCUGGAUGCUCAGAGGCUGACCAAACCGGUUGAAAUAUAGGAUGUCAACAAGUGACGCAGCACAACCGGAGCUCAGUGUGGUCGGAGGACCCACAGCGACGCCUUCCUGCGGAGUAACGCGACUCACGCGGACUGCGGCUGCACGAGUAUGUCAGAAUGAAACAUUUGGAAGUGAUGGUGGUGUAACGGCUCUGCCUGAGCAAGGACCUUCAUUCAGCAGGGUGGUCAGGACACACAAAGAGCUAAAAUUAACCUCAGGUGGUCUAAGAACGGACGAGGAGCCUCGCUGUACUCUUUCAGAUGUCCCCAUCCAGAGUUCUGCUGGGCCCAAUUUUACCUCCAGCCUCGUUUUGAGACUCUCCAAACCAGAGACCAGACUCAAGAGAAAUUUGGGGCCCUGGUCAAGUCAGCAUCACAGCUUGACUGAACCACUGCUGUGUGACAGCAAAGACAGAGCUUAUCAGGUUAAUGGAAGAACGGCAUCACCGGCUACCUGCGAUGUGACCUCAACAUCAGAAACCAGUUUAUUCCCUGCCAAGAGGGAUCAAGAGGUCUUCAAAGUUGCCAACUAUGAACUGGAGGAUACCAGAGACUUCAACAAAUCUCAAAUUAUUUCGAAUAGUUAUUUGGGACCACGUGAACGUGAUGCUUUAAACAUACCUCUGUGUUGUACACAAGGGAGUUUUACUGGAUCUCUAACUGAAACUGGAGAUAGACAGAUAAAAGACUCCACAAAGCGUGAUAGUUUUGCUCAUUCUGGGGAAGUUUCUGAUCCCUCUACAGACAUGCUGUCUUCUACUGUAGUUACAGUUCUUGCCCCUCACUGGAAUGGCCGACUACGUCGAAGUAAAAGAUUUGAUGGAGUUAACUUUCAAGAAGCUCAAGGGAACAGGCAGGAUGUUGGAAGUACAUCUGCAAACUCACACCCUGGUUUCCAGAGCCAGCAGAACCAACACAGCAUGGAAAGUGUGACAGAUGGAUCACACUUCCCAAGGACAGUACCAUCUCUUAGCACAAGGAGAAACACAGUGGGCUGGUCAGCUAAGAGUGACCCUUCAAGUUUGGAUUUUGAAUCAAAAAGGGAACUGAUUCAGACUGUCUCUUUGGAUGUAGGGGCUAUCAGCCCUUCAGCCACUACUCCAUCCACUAGGUCUCUACUCUUCCUCAAUCAAAAUGAAGAAAGGAGAAAUCUUCAUGCUGGCCACCAAGAUUCUUUAAGCUCUAAGCCAACAACCAGCAAUCUACUUUUGUCUUUAAGAAGAUCCAAAUCAAAUACCAGCUCCGUCAUGCACGAGGGAAAUCCUUCACAUGUGAGCUGCUCCCUAAAUCAUCCAAAUGGAAAAGGAUUUACAACACAGCUUUCUCCAACCAAUCUCAAUAAUAAUGUGCAAGAGAGGGUGAAGCCCCUCCUCUCCCCAUCAUCUCUUUCUUAUAGGACAGCCGAAUCUGGAUCUGUCCUCUCCACAACAUAUACACACAAUCCCAAAGAGAGGAACAUAUCAGACUCGCGUUUCUUUUCAACUUCACCAACAAAGAGAGAUGCAGAAAACAAUUUCUAUUCCCAGCAACCUCCAACGAUAAACAGGCUACAGACCAGUCUUACAUCUUCCAAACAGGCAUUCCAGAAUACAGGACCACCAAAGAGGGAACAGAAUAAUGGUGGUUCAGAGAGACCAGUCUCAGAGACCUUUACCUCUGUGUCAAGGCAAUCGCCUUAUGGUAACUCUAACCUCUUAAAAGCUCAUUCCCUUCCCAGACGAACGACCCUGACAUCCACUUCUUGGUGGAAACAGGUUUCCCAGGAAUGCAGCUCUCCUAUCACUUUCAAUGAGACAGACAAUAUCAAAGACAGGCCAAAAAAAGCCAUAGUUACACCCUUUAACCACAAUAGUGACAUGACCCCUAAAAAUCUAACUGCCAACAAAAGACCGGUUAGUCAAAUUCCUGCUAACAGAGACACAGCUCAGCCUGUUUGCAAAGGUAACGUGAACCUUGGUUUGAAGCUACAGUCACGUGAAUCAGAGAGGCUUUUCAAACAGGAUUGUGGCUCAAAUUCAAACUACAGUAAACCACAAAGGCCUCACAGCACAUCAGACGUAUUGUCUGGAUCUAAAAUUAGCAGAGCCACAGCACAAAAAACAGUGACAAACACCAAGGACCCCAGCAAACACAACAUAAAUAAUACUUCAUUUAAAGCAAAUGUAAAUGAAUUCCCACACACUUCUUUAAAUCCCAGGAGCACAAAUCCCUCCCGAGAUAAUUGCAGCAAAUCUAAAAGUAUUGAUUGCCCCCCAAGAGCAAGCCCCACUCCUUCAUCUAAUAAUACAGACUCACAAACAUUUGCCAAACUCUGUCUUUCUGUUGAUUUCCCGUCCACUCUCAGCAGUCAAUGUCCUACUUCUCAGACUAUCUCCAGCCUUCCUCCUACCCCUAACACUAAAAACACCUUCCACUGUCAUUCAAUUUCCUCUCAGGGCAGUACUCGCACUUCGUCAUUUGUAACCUCAAAGUGCACCAACAAAUCCAAUACCACACCUCUUGGCUUCGAAAGAAGCUAUCCCAGCAUUCCUAAACCUUUUAAUGCCAAAACUGUGAACAACAUUAUUCCCACGGUGAACUCUUUCUCCAAAACAAACCCAAUAUCCACCUCCUUUACCACAUCUUCCCCAACCACUGCCCCCAGCCCAUCACUCCUUGGUUUACCUGCCAGUUCUGCUAGUGUAUCUCUCACUUCUGUCACUGCCCCCUCUCUCCUAACCCCCCCUCUAACUCCAGUAAUUACAAGCCCCAACACAGACACAUCCAGUCCCAAGGGAGGAAGUAAAUUCUCCAACAGCCCAGAAAGAGAACCAAAGAAACCAAUUCAGGGUUUACAGGGAAAGAAGGCCAGACGAGUGACAUGGGGGGACACAGUGGAUGUGCAAUGUGUUGAACCCGUUCCUGUGGAGAGGCAAGAUCAACCUCAGGUCCAAACAAACCCAGUAUCUCUUUCUAAACGUCCACAAAGCUUUCCCUCCAUCUUCUCCUUUCUACGGUCAGGCAGUCCAGGACGAGGUAUGUCUCCCACUGGCCCCCCUAACCUUAGAGAUGGCAGCACACACGUGGGAAAAGGAGGGAAGUAUCGCUCAAUGUCGUCAGAUUCUGCUGACUUAGCAGCAAGGGAGCGUGAGAAAAACAAGCAAAGAGCUGGUAACACUAUGACCUCUGACCAGGAAAGACUACCUUCAAACACAACCAGGCAGGAGCGGACACUGUCAGUGGAGUCUGGUGUAGCUGAGUGUCGGUACUCUGCUCCUCUGUCUCUCCCUCCUGACUUCUCAAGUAGUUAUAAGGUUCGAUACAGCUCCACGCCAUACUCUGCGCUUGUGUCCAAGAGACAGGCACUUGGAGAGCCCAAUAAGAUGACACACAGAUUGCCUAGCUUCUCAAAGCCUUCUGAGUUAAAUAAUGCCCCGCAACCUUCCCCAAAGGACUCAUUUGUUGCUGUGACAACACCACCUCUGUCAUAUGUCACCCCACCCGUAUCCCUCUCCUUGCCUUUCCAGAAGAAGGCUGCUACACAGAGAAGUUCAGAGUUUGGGUUUUCAAACACCAGUGAUCUGAACAAUAAUCACAGCAAGCAGAACAGCCAAGAUUGUCCCAAUAGCCAGAUAGAACUUCUAGACAACAGAGUUCAUAUCAGCUCACAGUCUCUGGCGGGCGAUGAGGCAAACAGCUUCUCCUCGACAUAUGUGACUGAGACGCUGGUUUACAGCAUUAAACCCAAGGCAGAUGUAGCUUCACCUGCCCCAAGGAACACCACACCUAGAACUUUGCAACUUACUGCAAACCCCCCAGUUUCUGUGGCAACCAAGUCAAGUCAGCAGUCACUCACAGUUCAGCGUGGAGAAGCAGGCAGCCAACUGUCUUGCCACUCAGAUCAGAGCUCCAACGACAGCAGAUCAGGGGAGAGUCGCUCCCGUGACUAUGAAAGCAUCAACAGGAGCGUGAAGGAAGGUAAAAGCAGAUUCUAUUCAGUCGAAGGCAACAAUGAAGUUCAAAGUUCAAAGAGAAGUCGGUUUGGUCUGAAGAAAAGUGAAAGUGCACCAAACUCUGUCACAUCAAGGUCAGACUCAGAACGAGUCAGUAAGAGUUAUAACCGAAUGGACCAGGUGCUUCACAAACUCAGGAGAAAAUUCAGCUCCAGGCGGUCUGACGAUGACGUGGCAUUUCCAUGGAAGUGGAGGCGAGUGUCCCAAACCCCUUCUCUCAGUGAGUCGAGCGACAUCAGCAGCGUUAGCGACAAUAGUGCAGACAGUACCAAGACCAUGGAGGACAGAGCGCAAGACAAAAGGCUGGUGCUUGGCAACGACAAGCUCGAAACGGAUUUUACAAAUGGAUGGACACAAGAUACACCAGCCCACCUCCCAGUGGGAGACACAGCGGUAGGAUAUCGACUCUCUGUUUGGCCCGAAAAGUCAGCCCAAGAAGCUGCUUGUGAGGAGCAAAAACAUGCAGAGAACAUUCCUGACGGUAAGCUUCAUCUGUCGGUGCACGUCCCUGCAAAGGGCCAGUCUGAAUCGUAUGAAAACAGCCCCAUCAGCACUUAUUCUACACAGUACAGGAAGUCUACACCCAGCCCGAGGAGUCCCUUCUCCCCCUUCUCUCUUUCUCCUCUUUCCCCAUUUUGUUCCACGGACGUGACAGACGACAGUGUCUUCUACAGUCCAAAGAUGCAACGCCGCAGGGAGUCGUCCUCUCCCUGCGAGCCAAGAGAAGGAUUCAGCUUAGGAAGCUCAAGAAGAAGCCGGGCUUCUAUAGGUCCUCCAAGUGCAAGUCCAGUACAGGACAAUGAACAGCUGGCUGCGUCCUAUGCAGACUUAAAGUAUGGCAUUGAGCCAGGACGAUCCUUUUCUGUUAGCUCAGUCCUGUCCAGCCGGUGCUCCAGACCUGGACGCAUCUCCACUGGAUCCAGGUUCAUGAGUGUGGGUGACCUCUCUCAGUCCACUUUGUCCUGUGGAGGUAAUGGCAGAGACUGGGAUCAGGGCUCUCUCACACCUGACUGUAGUUACCAGCCAGCAAAUGGCCGCAGAAUGUUGGCCGCUGAUCCAGGCAAAAUGAGAUCCAGGUCUCUCCCUCGCUCCCUGACGCGGUGCCUGACGAACUGGAGUUCAGGCCUCUCUCCCUCCCAACCCGCCACCGCCACCACCUCAAAGCCUGCUCGCCUUAGGAGUCCUAACGUGAGCACUUGUCACUUUGCGUGGGAUGCAGUAGGUCCCCCUACCCCUCCCCCAACACCUCCCCUGUCACCAGUGUCCAGACGCAUGUCCAAACCUCCCAGCCUUUCCUCUCCUACCUUUCCCAGCUCAUGUAGAUCCCUGCAGCAGGUGGACACCCAACCACCCAGAGCACGUCUGCUCUCCAGGGAGUAUGUAUCGAGCCUCAGCACCUUCAACGAGUCCUCAGACAGCAGCUCAGACACAACAACAGACGAUGAAUACUACAUAGGCGCAGAUGAGGAUGGUGAAAGGGAGACAGAACUGUGAACACUAUGUGUGCCUGUGAGUGCAUUAUUUCUAAAAACCUUGCAGGAUCUGAUGAAUUUAAGACAUUGGGACAGAUUGAUCCACAACAGGCUAAUCUUUUACGAUGCUCUCCAAUUGCAUUUUUUGUUUAUUUCACUGUAACACGAAACCACACGGGGAUAAAAUAUCACUUCAUUGGUUUGUUUUGCUAAACUCCCUUGUGGAGUCCUUAUAAGAGGUGGUGAUAUUGUAUGAGGAGGCUUGACUAACAGCAUAGUUUCAAAUAUAUUUAAAGUAUGUACAGUAUAAUAAAUAUGACAGCAUAUCUGUUUGUGAAUAUCAAAUAGCUAUUGUUCACCUUCUUUGGUGUGGUUGCAUGGCAGAGGUGCACAGUAGAUAUUGCUUUGUGCGUGUGUGUGUGAGAGAGA